AUGCGCUACCAAGCAGAACUGGGAGAUACAGAUUUUAUCACGGGCGACUAUCUUGCCGAGGUCAACAUUGCGGAAAACGCUCAGGCACAUGCAGAGGGCAAGCAUCCUGGGUGGGAAAAGACAGCUUGGGAUGGGCUUGAGCAGACCAUCGAUUUAUUGAAUGAGAAGAGAAUCAAGGUCGUUGUUAAUGGCGGUGCGCAUAACCCCAAGGGUCUAGCGGAGAAGGUACAAAAACUCGUCGCGAGUAAAGGCUAUGACUUGACGGUGGCGUAUGUGUCAGGUGAUAACUUGAUCAAUGAGAUGAAGGACGUCAAAGAGAAAGGUUUACCACCACACCUGGAUUCUGACAAUAGCGAGGUGACGGUCGCUGACCAUGUACUUGAUAUUCUGAAGAGUGACAAGCCGAUCGUCAGCGCGAACGUCUACCUCGGAGCUCGCGAAAUCGUGAAAGGCCUUGAAGAAGGCGCAGACAUCAUCAUCGCCGGUCGUGUCGCAGACGCCAGUCCAGUCAUCGGCGCUGCAUGGUAUUGGUACUCGUGGAACGACACCGACUUCGAUGCGCUUGCUGGAGCGCUUAUUGCGGGUCAUCUUAUCGAAUGCAGUGGUUAUGUGACGGGCUCGAACUUUGCGGGUUUUUAUGAGUAUCCUUUGGACGAGCUCUACGAUCUCACUUUCGGUAUUGCGGAGAUCGAAAAGGAUGGUACUUGUGUGAUUACGAAACAUGAAGCUAGGAAAGGUUUUGUUACUGAGGAUACUGUCAAAUGUCAGUUUCUAUACGAGUUGCAGGGGAACGUAUACCUGAAUAGCGACGUCAAGGCGAUCCUGGACAAGGUGCAGGUCAAAGCUGAGGACAGAAACAGAGUCCGCGUGUGGGGCAUCAAAGGUGGACCGCCUCCACCUACUACCAAACUCGCCAUCUUCUAUCAAGCAGGGUACCAGUCUGAGAUUGUCGUCAAUGCAACCGGAUAUGCAACCACUGAGAAGUUCAACCUCUGGGAACGUAUAAUCAAAUUCGGUCUCAAACAGAAGGGCAUACUGAACAGUUUCGACAUCUUGGAAUUCCAGCGCAUAGGCGUACCAGAGACCGACCCGAAGAGUCAGCUCCGGAGUACAUCAUACUGUCGAAUCUUUGCCGAGACGAGCGAUCCGAAUGUGAACCUGGGCCUAGCGAGCUUGCUGGCUGACUUUGCAAUGCAACAUUACUCGGGAUUUCAUAUGGGCUUUCAGUCUUUUGGUCCAACAACGCGUGCACGAUUGGGAGACGUAGUGCUCGCCCGAUCGGGCGACAAAGGCGGUAACGCAAACAUUGGCUUCUUCGUACCCACCAACCUGCCAUCAUCCUACUCACACGGAUCACCUCUCUAUGCCGAAACCUGGGACUGGCUCCGCAGCUUUCUUACCAUCCCCAAACUCAAAGAAAUGUUUAGAGAAAGUUGGAGCGACAGCUUCUUCGUAGAAAGAGUGGAGUUCGAGGCUAUCAUGGCGGUACAUUUUGUGGUCUAUGGAGUCUUGGGUAGGGGCGUCAGCGGGAGCAGUAGGUUGGAUGCUUUCGCGAAGGGCAUGGGCGACUGGCUGAGAGAUGUCGAAGUCGAGGUUCCGGUGAAAUUCUUGGAGGGACGGGUUAAGCGAAAGGCUGUGGCUGGAAGGUAUUCGGCCGAGGCAUGA